AUGAGAUUAAUAAUAAUAAUAUCAUUAUUUAUAUUUUAUUCUUUAUAUUGUUUUAACUAUUCAAAUGCUUAUAGACCAUUAGAUUGUUCAAGAUUAACAUAUAAAGAAUGUUUAAGGGAAAAAGAUAUGUGUUCACCAUCAUUUGGAGAUAAAUGUUGUGAUGAUGAACAAAUAUUUAAAUGUAUUCCAGCCGAGCAUUGUGACCCAAUCGAUGAUAUGCCAACCCCACGUACAUGGUGUGUAGAGUAUUCCCGUCAUUCCUUUAUUCGUUACAACUCUACCUGUUUCUCACAUCCAGAUCGUGACUUUUUCCUUCCAAAUACCAAAAAGUGCUCCGACGUUGACUGUCCAAGUGGAUUCUUUUGUCGUGACUAUGGCAAAAAGGACAAGAACGAAUGUCAUGGUACCUCUGAAAAUGAAUGUUGCAACUUCCGUUCCAAGUGUAUCCCACGAGACAGUGGAGCACGUCCAUCGGUCAAACCAAUGUUUAUCAGCCCAGAGACUGCCAAAAAGAUCGAACAGAUGGAUGAGGGCAUUGAAAUUGGCCAACCAACCAAACCACAACAAGUCACCUGUGCCGUCAUUCUCUGUCAACCAGAUGAAAAGUGUGUCGAAGCUACCCCCAAGACUGCUGCCCACUGUGUUAAAGGUGUCGUUCCUCCACGUUCAAAAGAUGUAACUACUGACCCAGAGGUUCAAGUAGUCGCAUCGGAUGAAGAAGAAGAAGAACAAGAAAUAGAACCUGCUACACCAGUGGUAGUUGUCAAAGAGGAAGAAGAAGAAGAGGAGGAAGAAGAGGAAGAGUCAUCAGAGGAAGAAGAAAAACCAACAACCAAACCAGAAGUUUUGGUUGAGGAAGAGGAAGAGGAAGAAGAGUCAUCAGAGGAAGCACCAACAAUGAAACCAACUAUGAAACCAACAAUGAAACCAACCAUGAAACCAACAAUGAAACCAAUUACCAAACCAACAAUGAAACCAACUAUUCCACCAGUCACUGAUGAAUGUGAAUGUCCAGAGGGAACUACAUGUUUAAAGGAGGAUGGAGAAAUUAAAUGUGUUGAAGAGGAAGCACCCAAACCAACACCCAAGCCAACAAAGACCACCAAAAAGCCAGUUCCAACCACCAGACCAUCCAAACUCGAAAAAGUCGAUGAAGAAGAGGAGAAGCAAACUUGUGACACUCUAAUCUGCGUCAAGGGAUUCGUAUGCGUUCAAGAUGAAGAGUAUGGUGCUAGAUGCAAGCUCGCCCCCAAACCAAAGCCAACCCCCACACCAGAACCAAAGAGAGCCGUAGGAAACUGUAACACGACCGAGUGCGUCUGGGGAUGGUUGUGCAAGGAGACUGAUGAAGGUCCACGUUGUGUACCACCUCCAACCCGUCCAUCGUGUCUCAACAUCAAGUGUGAAGAUUUGGGUACCUGUUUGACCGAUGAUCUUGGUGGAGGCCAUUGUGUGCCAAAGUCCAACUGCUCCAAGAUUCAGUGUGGUGGUAGUCAAGUAUGCGUCGACGACAUUGAAACCAAUACUCCCAAGUGUGCUAGCAAGGACCAAAUUGUCGGAUGCUCCAAGAUCCGUUGCAAGAAUGGUUUUGACUGUGUCGAGGAUCCAAAGGCCGGUGGUCGUUGUGUAUCGAGUAUCUGGUGCAACCACGUCAAGUGUGCUCACUUUUUCAAGUGUCAAAACGGAGCUUCUGGUGCCGAGUGUGUGCCUCUACCAAACUGUACCACAACCAAGUGUCCCAAGGGCAAGCAUUGUGAAAACGAUCCAGAGUUGGGCGCCCACUGUCGUGAAAACUCUCGUAUCACUUGUGCCGUCGUACUCUGUAACAAGGGAUACCACUGUGUCGAAGGUGAGGGCGGCCAAGACCCAUCGUGUGUCGCCAAUCCAACCAAAGUCACCUGUGACACGAUCAGAUGCCAACGUGGCUAUCACUGUGUAGACGCUGGUACCGGUCCAGAGUGUGUCGUCAAUCCCACCUGUGCCGCAUCCCUCUGCAAGCCAGGUACAUACUGUGUCGAUGACCCACUCCUCGGUGCCAUUUGCAAAAACGCCACAAAGACUGCCACAUGUGAAACUUUGGAUUGUCGUGAUGGCUACAUUUGCAAGGAAGGUCUCCAUGGAGCCGAACCAACCUGUGUCAAAAAGAAAAAUGUAACCACUAGUUGCGAGAAUGUUCAAUGUCAAGAUGGAACCCUCUGUGUCGAUGACAAGGAGAAUGGCAAUGGUGUGCUCUGUGUCCCAAUGGAUUCAUGUUGGUUCACUAUUUGUCCAAAGAAUUUUGAUUGUAUUGAAAAUGAUUCUGGAAAGGGUAUUUGUACAAGAAGAUCAUGUUCAACUCUUAAAUGUGCUUAUCCAUAUGUUUGUAUGACACCAAAGGUUGGUGUACCAGAAUGUGUUUUAAUGAAAAAAUCCUAA